ACGAAGGCUCGCGAGAGAACGAGGUUCAGGCGGCUGCGCGCAGCGGGUGGAGGGAGGCUGGAGAGAGUGAGGACGAAGAGGAGGAGGUGCACUCCCACAAUACCAGGCGGGAGGGCGGUAGGCGGUUUGUAUCCGGGCUGUGAGGUGCUCGGAGCCUCGGCGGACCUUGCUGCCUCUGUCUCUUUAACGCGAGAGGAAGCGAUGCAGAGGGGUGGAAAAUGGCAGAGCUGCAGAUGUUACUAGAGGAGGAGAUCCCGUCUGGCAAGAGGGCGCUGAUAGAGAGUUACCAGAACCUGACCCGGGUGGCGGACUACUGUGAAAACAACUACAUACAGGCUACAGACAAGAGAAAAGCUUUAGAAGAGACCAAAGCCUACACAACCCAAUCUCUAGCUAGUGUUGCUUAUCAAAUAAAUGCAUUGGCCAACAAUGUACUCCAAUUGCUGGACAUCCAAGCCUCUCAACUUCGGAGAAUGGAGUCUUCCAUCAAUCAUAUCUCACAGACUGUGGAUAUUCAUAAAGAGAAAGUGGCUCGAAGAGAGAUUGGUAUUUUGACAACAAAUAAGAAUACAUCAAGAACUCACAAAAUAAUAGCACCUGCAAAUAUGGAACGCCCUGUAAGGUAUAUUCGGAAACCUAUUGACUACACAGUUCUGGAUGAUGUGGGCCAUGGUGUCAAGCAUGGAAAUAACCAGCCUGCAAGAACUGGCACACUGUCGAGAACAAAUCCUCCUACUCAGAAACCACCGAGUCCUCCCAUGUCAGGCCGGGGAACAUUGGGACGGAAUACUCCGUAUAAAACCCUGGAACCUGUUAAACCCCCAACAGUCCCUAAUGACUACAUGACGAGUCCUGCUAGGCUUGGAAGUCAGCAUAGUCCAGGCAGGACAGCUUCUUUAAAUCAGAGACCAAGGACACACAGUGGAAGUAGUGGAGGAAGUGGCAGUCGAGAAAACAGUGGAAGCAGUAGCAUUGGCAUUCCCAUCGCUGUGCCUACACCUUCACCACCCACCAUUGGACCAGUUGCUGAUAGUCCAACUCCUCCACCACCACCUCCACCAGAUGACAUCCCCAUGUUUGAUGAUUCUCCACCUCCACCACCACCACCUCCAGUGGAUUAUGAAGACGAGGAGGCUGCGGUAGUUCAGUAUAAUGACCCAUAUGCAGAUGGGGAUCCUUCUUGGGCCCCCAAGAAUUAUAUUGAGAAAGUUGUUGCAAUAUAUGAUUACACAAAAGACAAGGAUGAUGAGCUGUCAUUUAUGGAGGGUGCAAUCAUUUAUGUUAUAAAGAAGAAUGAUGAUGGCUGGUAUGAAGGAGUCUGCAAUCGAGUGACUGGUCUGUUCCCUGGGAACUAUGUUGAAUCAAUCAUGCACUAUACUGAUUAAUUUUUUUUUUUAAAGUAGGUUCUUGUUAUUAGUCAUACUGUGGGACUAUUAUGGUUAACAGAAUUGUCUUAAUAUGUUUUAAAAUGUGCCCAUAUUUUCAGGAAAUGCUGUUUUAUUGGUAUAAUUGAAUGUCUACCUAUAAGCAUAUAUCUUUGAGACAGUUUGUGUAUUGCUAAAUAGCAAUUUCUACAAGUGGCUGUCCAUAACUGAUUAUGCUUAUGUACUUACACAUUUUUAACUUUAUGACCAGCCUAAAUAUUCUGGGGAAGUGGGGUAUAAUAUUUAACGAAUCAUGAUUCAGAUUGUUCCAUUACAUGUUUCAGUGCAGCAUGGUUACUAACGCUAUGUCAGACUAAUGUUAAAAUCAGAAAACUUAAAUGCUGGUGCUGGUCAUAGUUUUUGUUUAGAUUCUCUCAUUUAAAAAUACUGUUUGUUUAAAGCAUGCAUAAAAAUUUAUGUAUUGAAAUAUACUUAAAAAUUCCAAGAUGCUUCCAAUUUGUGUAAUAUUUACCGGGAGUACUCAUAUUUAGGUCUCUUGAAAUGAAGUGAGUCUCCAAGGUCUCCAUGUGGAACAAAAGAAACAAAAAGGGGGUUAUCUAUAAUGGUGUAAUUUGUACCUAAGUUUUUUUUAAUGAGUGAAAUUUGCAUUAUAGAUUUUUUCCAUUCAUAAAUACUUAAGUGAACCAAAGGUUUUUGUCCUUUCCUUCACUGAUUUGCUUUUAAAAAAAAUAAUAAAAGAUAAUGAUUUAUUGCAGAAUUAUGGUUCUAUUUUCUCAGUAUAUUAACUUGGAAAAAAAUUUAGCCAUAUCUCAGUCUGUCCCAACAGCAAUGUGAUGGAUUUUUGCAGAUUCAAAAUCCAAGAUGGUUAUUUACAAGUCAAUCUACUGAAUUCCUUUUUAAAAGUAACUUUUGAAGCUACAAAUAUGUGUCAGAGUGUUCACAUUCAUUCUGUAGGUAAAAUUCUUAAGGAUUGCCAUAUCAGUCCUUCAGUUUUACAGUGGACUUUUGUACACUGGUUCAAUGAAAUUAUAAGUAUCUUUUACAUAUUGUAAAAGUGGACACAAUUGAUUUGUGAAUAGGCUACCUGGCACUAGCAACAUUAAGAUUUUAAAAUAAAAUAAUUGGGGGAAAAGGAGGGUCAUGUAUUAAUCAGUGAACAGAGAUAUAUACCUAUCCAACAGAUUUGUAUUAUCUUUUGACAUAAUUGAAAUGCAAUACAUGCACUUUGUGUGUCUCCUCUUAAUUUAAGGGAAGGUUAGCGGGAUGUUUUCUCUUGUGUAUAAUUCUGUAUUGCUUAGGAUAUUAAAGUAGAGCACUCAAGUGUGGGUUUCUGUGUAUUGAGGAUUUGUUUGGAUUUCAAAUUACAGUUAUGUACUGGACGUUACAGACUUAUAACAGCAUAGUGAAUGGUAAGACUAGUACAAAACAUUUAUUUCUGAAAAUUAAAGAACAUUAUUGCUACCAAAUCUAUGUGACUGUUUCAUAUGCAUUUUGCCUUUGUUAAUUUUAAACCAAAAUAUCAUUAGUGAUCAGCUAGCUACCUUCUACUUUUCGUUUUUUAAGUGGAAUGUUCUCUUAAUUUGUAUAUAACCUGUUGUCUAAAUUUUAUGUACAGUCUUUUAUAAUAAACCAUUCUCCUAUAUG